AUGUCCGUCCUCCCCGCCGACGUGCAUAACGAGCUAGCUCAGCUGCUUGACGCGCUGCAGUCGUCCGACAACAGCGUUCGAUCUCAAGCGGAAGAGCACUUGGCCAACAACUGGACCGCCACGAAGCCCGAAAUUCUGUUGAUGGGCUUAGUUGAGCAAAUUCAAGGCUCCAACGACCCAACGACGCGUUCCUUCGCAGCUGUGAUUUUCCGGAGGAUAGCCUCAAAAGCCCGCAAGCAGGAUGAUGGCUCCACCGUGGAAACCUUCCUUUCCUUAGAUCAAUCGCAGGGCUAUGUGAUUCGACAGAAACUCCUCGAGGCACUGGGCACGGAAACCACAAACCCCGUGAGAAAUAAGAUUGGAGACGCGGUUGCGGAGGUAGCUCGAGAAUAUUCUGAUGCUAGGCAACAAUGGCCGGAAAUCUUAGGCGUGCUCUUUACUCUAAGCAUGUCAAGCCAAGUUGGACAGAGGGAGAUCGCGUACAGAAUCUUCUCAGCAACCCCUGGCAUUAUCGAGAAACAGCACGAGGAUACGGUACUCUCUGCUUUUACGAAGGGCUUCAAGGACGAAGAUAUCCAGGUCCGUCUGCCAGCAAUGGAGGCUUUCUCCUCGUUCUUCAGAAGUAUCAACAAAAAAUCUCAGCAAAAGUACUACGCCCUUAUCCCCGACGUCUUGAACAUCCUCCCCCCUCUAAAGGAAAAGCAAGAGUCGGAGGAUUUGACCAGAGCCCUGGUUUCACUUAUUGAACUUGCGGAAGUUGCACCCAAGAUGUUCCGACUCCAAUUCCGCAACGUGGUCGCUUUCAGCAUCUCAGUGAUCCAGGACAAGGAGCUCACAGACCAGGCACGUCAGAAUGCGCUCGAGCUGAUGGCCACAUUCGCGGAUUAUGCUCCAGGAAUGGUCAAGAAAGAUGAGACUUACGUCAACGAUAUGAUCACCCAAUGUUUGAGCUUGAUGACAGAUAUUGGUGCGGAUGAUGAUGAUGCAGCGGAGUGGUGCGCUUCUGACGAUAUGGACCCUGAGGAAAGUGACCUCAACCAUGUCGCUGGAGAACAAUGCUUGGAUAGGUUGGCGAACAAGCUUGGCGGCCAGACUAUCCUCGCACCCACCUUCAGCUGGCUCCCGAGAAUGACGAACUCUGAUGCCUGGAGAGACCGACAUGCAGCACUCAUGGCCAUUUCAGCUAUCUCUGAGGGCUGCAGAGACUUGAUGAUUGGUGAACUCAACCAAGUUUUGGAGCUUGUGGUUCCUGCCUUGAGAGACCCACAUCCACGAGUACGAUGGGCUGGCUGCAAUGCUCUGGGCCAGAUGAGUACCGAUUUCGCUAGCACCAUGCAGGAGAAAUAUCAUCAAAUUGUAUUACCAGCCAUUGCUCUUGCCAUGGAUUCUCCGGAGCCCCGCGUCCAAUCCCAUGCCGCUGCUGCAUUGGUCAAUUUCUGCGAAGAGGCUGAGAAGAGCAUCCUGGAGCCAUAUCUCGAUGACCUGCUCACCCAUCUUUUCGCGCUACUCCAAAGCCCGACACGCUACCUCCAGGAGCAGGCACUCUCAACUAUUGCCACAAUUGCCGACUCGGCUGAAGCAACAUUCUCUAAAUACUACGACACCCUCAUGCCACUUCUAUUCCAGGUCUUGCAACAGGAGAAUACUAAGGAACUCCGUCUUCUUAGAGCGAAGGCAAUGGAGUGCGCCACCCUUAUCGCCCUCGCUGUUGGCAAGGAAAGACUUGGGAAUGAUGCUAUGAAUCUUGUACAAACCUUGGCAGCGAUCCAGCAAGGAAUCACAGACACUGAUGAUCCUCAAGCGCAGUAUCUUAUGCACUGCUGGGGACGUAUGUGUAGAGUUCUGGGUGCGGAAUUCUUGCCAUUUUUGCCAAGUGUUAUGCCACCACUUCUGGAGCUGGCUAGCGCGAAAGCUGACAUUCAGCUUCUGGAUGAUGAAGAGCAGGUAGAGAAUAUCCAAAACGAGGACGGUUGGGAGCUCGUCCCGCUUAAAGGCAAGGUUAUCGGCAUUAAGACAAGCACUCUCGACGAUAAGAAUAUGGCCAUCGAACUGUUGGUUGUAUAUGCUCAAGUUCUUGACGGUGCAUUUGCUCCUUAUGUCCCUGAGGUUAUGGAGAAGAUUGCAUUGCCUGGGCUGGCUUUCUUCUUCCACGACCCUGUCCGUGUAAACUCCGCCAAGUGUGUCCCACAGCUCCUGAAUUCGUUCAAGAAGCAUUUCGGAAGCCCAUCGAAUGAGUUGACGGGUCUUUGGGAAGGCACAAUUACGAAGCUUUUGGAGGUCCUUAGCGCCGAGCCGGCUGUCGAUACCCUCGCAGAGAUGUACCAAUGCUUUUACGAGUCUGUCGAAGUAAUGGGUAAGGGCUGUCUGACCGAAAGCCACAUGCAAACAUUUAUUGACUCCGCACAUUCCGCUCUGGAGGAUUACAAGGAUCGUGUUGCCGCCAGAGCUGAAGAGAGAGAGGAGGGUCAACAGGAAGAAGGCGAAGAAGAAUCCGAGGAUAUGAUGUUUGCCAUCGAGGAUGACCAAACUCUCCUUUCUGAUAUGAACAAGGCUUACCACUGCAUCUUCAAGAACCACGGAGUUGCAUUCCUCAACGCUUGGCAGCGGCUUAACCCUACCUACGAUCAGUUUCUGCGCAGCGAAGAUCCUACCCAAAGACAAUGGGGUCUAUGUAUUAUGGACGAUGUUCUCGAGUUUUGUGGCGAGCAGAGCUGGAAUUACUCUCAGGCUAUCAUCAACCCACUCAUCGCCGGGUGUAAAGACCUCGCCCCAGCGAACCGCCAAGCAGCUGCGUAUGGUAUCGGUGUCGCUGCGCACAAGGGAGGCCCUCAGUGGUCCCAGUUCCUUGUGGGCGCGGUUGAGCUUCUCUUUCAAGUGACCCAGUUCCCAAACGCUCGUGGCGACGACGACGUAUAUGCGACGGAGAAUGCAUGUGCAGCCAUAGCUAAGGUUUUGCACUUCCACCCCAGGAGUUUGCCGAACCUGCAGCAGGUAAUUGUGCAGUGGAUCGAGACAUUGCCAAUCGUAAAUGACGAGGAGGCCGCGCCGUUUGCGUACCGCUACCUCGGCGAGUUGAUCGAACAACAAAACCCUGCCGUUGUUACUCAAGCCGGAAAGGUCUUCAUCUACAUCGCUCUAGCUCUGGAGGCCGAGACUCUCCAGGGACAAAAUGCACGUAUGGCAGUCACAGCUGGCAAAAUGCUCCUGCAGAACGCGGGUCUGGAACCAAAUCAGAUCCUGCUACAGCUCUCACCCGAGGCCCAGCAAACGGUUCGCGCACACUUUGGUUGA